AAAUACUGGCUCUUGUUUCUUUGCUACACAUGAACAGAUGUGCUGAGUCUGGAGGGUCUGAUUUAUUUCUCAAUGGAAAGCAGUGUAAUUUUUAGAUUUUUAUUUCUCCUUUUCUGCGUAAGAUUUUCAUCAUCUAUGGACCAAAUCCCUGGAAGAAUGGAAAGGAGUUUGUUUGUAUUCUCUGAUCAAGAUCUACUCCAGAGAAAUGGUCGACGGUAUGAUGGCAGUGUGAAGCCCAAAAUUAAUUUACAACAAGUAGCAAUAACACAGAUUGGCAAUUACAGUGUAAGCACUGAAGAGAAUUUGGAGAAAGAAUCUAUGAUUCACAGCCACUACAGUCCACUGAACGUCACCAUUAAUGGAAGCCCCUGUAUUCUAUUCUGGGCCAGAAGGAUCAUGAUUAAGCUUCAGAACCACACUCAGCUGGAUCUAACAGACAAAACAUUUGGUGUUCACGCAUCGGUGGAUGUUGCUGAUUCAAACUGCAGUGAAGAAAAUGCCAUGCUUUCACUUAAUUUUGGUGACAUUGACAAUUUGAAAGGAUUUGUUAUCAGAUUCAUUCUGACAAACAGUUACUACAAGCUCUCCAUUCAAAAUUGGUUUACCUUACACAGAAUCCAGCUUAUUUACAAUCAAUCUGUACAAGCAACAUUCAACGCAACACGAAUACAUGCACCAGCAAUCUAUUCUUAUCACUGUGAACAUGUCAGCAACUUGCAGAGAUAUGAUGCACUAUUAACACCCAGCUCUGCAAAUGAUGCAGCCAAGCACUGGGAAGUUACUUUUAUUGAUUUUCAGAUUCAAGGAUUUAACAUUGAAGACGGACAGUUUGCUUAUGCAAAAGAUUGUGCUUCCCUCUUCCCACCAGCCAUUCUAAUGGGUCUAGUGAUGUCUCUGAUACUGCUUCUUGUUUUAGCUUAUGCUCUUCACAUGUUGAUGCACUUAAAAUCCAUUGACAGACAUUAUGAAUGCAAAGCAUCUUCUGCUUAUUAUCCACAGAUGAAAGAUAUUGAUACAGCAGAUGAAAAAGAGCCCCUGAGAAUCAAUGGGCAUGAAACCUAUGAACUUAGAAGCCAACAAUAUUCUAAAAUCUAUAUCUAACCAUUAUCCUGGGUGGUUGCUCUCAUCCCAUGGUUAGACAGCAAAGUGCUUCAAGAAACUUUUGCAGCUACGACCUCACAACACUCCGGAAACAGAAUGCCACAACUUUAAUUUCAAUCAAACAAUUUCAAGUUCUCGUGAUUUUGUGGAGAUAAAAGUAGAAGUGCUACAGUGAAGUGCUUCAUUACUCAUAAAAUCCAAAAACAGAUCACAUGGAUGACUUUGUUACGUUUGUCAAUACUAAAAGCAACUUGGAGAUGUAAGGAGAUGUUUCAUGGUCAGGAAUGUUUUUAGAAUUAUAAUAUUGACUGAUUAAUUAAUUGUCUGGAAUUUAUCUAACAAGGUGGAAUUUGCUGCUGUUCUAAAGCUGCCAAAUUUUUCUUCCCAAUGAAAAUAAAAUAUCACAGCCAAAGAUGCAUAACAAAAAUAAAGGUCAGUUAUUCAGAUAUGGUCUAGCAACAUCAUGUUUUUUCUGCCAUGACCCUCAAGAUUCUUAAACAAGGUUUUUGUGCAAUAUACAAAUGACUUCUAUCUUGGUGUAGCAAAUAACAUUUUAACUGCUAAUGAGCUGAAAAGUGACUAUGUGCAUCCAAAUCAUUGCGUCUGGUUGCAGUGUGAAAUGCAAAUGCCAGCCAAAUAGCAACCAUGUAUGGCUUGUAAAAAUAUAUGAAUUUUGUCAGUUACAUCUCAGUGUUAUACAAAUUUGCUGUGGGUAGCUUAUCUUGUGAUGCUUUUGUGCCAAGAGGUGUCCUUGGCACUGAACAUUGUUCACUUUUGUUGUAUUUCAUUGAAAUUAUAAACAGUUUUUGAUGUUCCAUUCUUCUAAUAUUGAGCUAAUUUUUUAUGACAUGGUUUCUCUGAUAAAUGAUCAAAGAAUACCAGACUGUUGGCAUUAAUUUCCAAACAUGUCAUUCAGAAUAAGAUAAAAGAAAAUGAAUCUCAGUGGGAAGGAAAAAUUUAGUGUAGCAAACAUUGCCUCUGAUACUGCAAAAGUAUGACUGUUGUCUUCAGUUUUAAUUUCCAAAGCCUUGAGAGUCACAUUUAAUAAUGAUGUUUUUAAAGAAAACCAAACAAUUGUUCAAAGGCAGAAAGCGCCUGGUCUCUUGUAACUGUAUCAAAAGAAUCUAUUGUUGUAAUACCUUUUGAAUUCUACCCCAGAUGUACCCUCUAUUCUAUAAAUACAUCUCCAACAUAAUAUCUAGGACAGCAGUUAGAAUGUUUUAGCCCAUGGAUGAAGUUGUUUUGAAGCCAUACCGUUGUAACCACUGCAUAGGUGGUCAAUACUCUUACGAAACUGAAAGUUGUAUUCCAGUGUAGAUACAAAUUUUGAAAUCCCAUAAAUGUUAAAUUUUAAGAAACAUUAUCUGGAAUCAGUAAGCCAAGAACUUAAACAAGCCAACAGGAAGCAAUGAAGUGCUCUUAAUUGCCUUGUAGUAUUUUGUGUCCAGAAUUUGGAUACUAUCGUAGAAGGCAGAGCUGGAUUUUGUCUAACAUUUUUGUUAUCACCCAUGUCUUGGGAAGGGGAAUGUGGAAAGUAUUUAACCAUUAGACUGCAUUCUGUUUCCCAGCAUUUUGUUGUCAUCUACAUAGCAAUGAACAUUCUUACCAAGUUUCAGGUCCUAACUAUUAAUAGUUCUCUUUUGUAUAUAAAGGGAGAAAGAAAGAAUAUUGCACAAUUCUAAUCUCAUGUUGUUUUAUAUUUAAAAAAUAAAUAGCAUUGAUCUCACAGAGAGGAUUACAUAUUAAAAUUACAUAACAGUAUCCUAAAGUUCACUUUUCAUAUAAAUAGAGUAAAUGAAACAAAAAUAGAAAGAAAGCCAGAGAUAAAAAAAAUAAUUAAAACCACAGUAUACCCAAAAUAAUAAAAUGGCCACCACACAAUAUGCUAUUAUAAAUAUAUUUGAUAGGUUUGGGAAAUACCAGGAUCAGAUAGUAGCAAUGCAGCCUCUCUGCUCCAUAUAUGCAGUUAUUCUUUUACUACUUCUGUUCCUCUUAAUUACUUCUCAAUCUUUCCUAGGGAAAGGACCAGCCAAGUUGACAGUGCAUGUUUUAUUAGGUUUUGCACACACACCCCUUUUUUUUCUUGCGUUACCUGAAAGAAACUAGCAGGAAAUUAUUCCCAAUGAAUUCAAGAGUUUGCCCCUAUGUAAAGGGGUAGAAUAGGGUUCCUAUUGUGGCCUGCCCCUUCCCUUGAACAGAAGAAGUGAACAGCAGCAACAGAAAUUGCUGGAUGAGAUAAGGGCUCUGGAAGUUGACCCCAAUUUAAUAGAUGCCAACAAGACCAGUUUCUAAUGCAGGCCCUUUAUCAAUAUAUUAACAGAGUUGGAAGGGACCUUUAUUUAUAUCAAUAAAUUGUUCUCCGAAUGCAUCCCAUGACUGAACAAUAAGACAUUCCAGAGAUUCCAGCUGGCCCAUGAUUUACUUUCCAUAUAAGGAAUCAGUAGAUCUGCAACAGAGUAUCUGCAACAUGCGGACAGUUUACCAAAAGGUCUCAUUUAAUUACUGGAAGGGAAUAUUAUUUAGAGUAAGAAUUGUUCUUUCUCUGCACUCUAUAUCCUCCUCAAACUCAGUUCCAUCACCUUAAUUAUUGCCUAACAUUAACCAUCCUUAUAAAAAGUCAAAUGGCUGCAUUCACAGAACAUGUUAAGCCUUAGAAAAGCUUGAAAUGAACUGUAUGAAUCGAGUCACAGGGUCAGGCCUUUUGGCUGUAUUAUGGUUAGCAUAACGAUAAUACCUUAAGAUUUUGGUUACCUUAUUGGGUGGACCCAAUUGUUAUGGCAUGUAAAUCAUGGCUUUUCGUUUAAUUUAUAAAUCACAAUUUCUUCGGUAAACCAUGGUUAAAAUAAACUCUAAUUCCACAUGAGACAUAACUCACUUUAUAGGGAUCCAGUAAUCUUCAUCAUAAGUAUCCAAUAGAUGUAAGCCAAUAAAUGACAAACAAUGCUUAUCUGACUAUGUGCAUGAAGAAAAAUAAAAUAAAAAUGUACAAUUGUCAAUGAUCUGGGCUUUUCAAAUAAAUGAUUGUAUUUUAUAACCAAAUAAUAACAAUAAAUUGUUUUCAAAUGCA